GUGCGGCUGGCGCGGGGGCUGCCGGGCGGUGCAGUCCCGUGCGGCGCCGCUCCGGAUCCCUAUGGUAACGGCGGGCGGUGCGGCGGCCGUGCGGGAGCGGCGGGGCCUGGAGCUCUGGGCAGGCGGCCAACAAAAAUGCUGCUGUCCAUGACUGACCUGCUCAUGCCUCCUGUGCUAUGACUCCACAUGGCUUCUUCAGGAGCAGAACAUGCUAACCUGGGCCCCAAACAGGAGACUACCAUCAGGCUCGAGCCAGGCACCCUUCCAGCAGGGAGAGCUCGGCUGCAGCAGGCCUGGCACCUUGCUCAGCAGCAGGCAAAACCUAUCUGGAAUUUGCAGAGGAAGUAUGUGAGUGCUUUCCAGCAUCACAGCCUGCUGCCCUCAGGGAUCUCUCUGCAGCAAUCCUGCUCCUUGUGCCCACUGUCACUGUGCCACACACACCCUGGUAAAGAUGCCCUCCUGAGCUUGCCCUUGGUACAGCCCUGUCUGGACCUGGGCAGGAAUGCUCUACUCUACCAACACUUCUGCCUCAGACCCAAGCCCUCCAGGUUUCCUUUCCCAAGCCCUCCAGACGCUGGCUUUGCCACAGGAAGGCUGAUGUCUUCCUUGCUGAUGGAGCCCUGCCUGCUGCCUCCACUAGUGGAAGAACACUCUGGGCCUGGGGUCAAAGGCUCUGCCCUCAGCUCAGAUCAGCAGGCUUCCAGCCCCUACAAGUCAGUGCUCAGUACAAGCCCCUUCCAAUGGCCCAGCAGUGCUAUAGUGCCUUUGCUGCAGUCGCUGGAGGUAAAGAAGGUGAGGAACACCCACAGCUUCCCUGCUGCCUUGUGGCCUCGCUGCAGGGAAAAUGGAGACGGCUCCCCUGGCAGCCUGGUCAGCGGAGCAGUGAAAAGCAGCAACCUGUGGUCGGAGCAAAUUGCAGCCCCCCCUCCUACCCUCACGCCCAGCAGCACGAUCCUCAGGAAGGACCAGUGCUCUCAGGGGGUGGCCGGGAGGACAAUGCACAGCCUGAAAGAAAAGGAGGCAGAGCUCAGCCUCGCAGGGGCCGCGGAGCAGCCAGCUGGACAGGCUGCCACACGCACCAGCUUUGGACACGAGGUUGGAAGCUCUGGCCUCAGGAACGUGGGCAGCCUGUGCAAAGCAAACAGCAGAUGGGGGCAGCACAUCGUCGCACAGCUCACCCCGAGAGAAACCACUGCUCCUCUGGACUCGGAGCCGGGCAGCCCUCGCCUUAACGCUAACCCGAGCCUUCCGGGCACCGGCGGCGCCGCUGUCUGCACCGAGCCGCCGGGCGCCCGUCCCCCGGCCUCGUGUGGCAGCUCCCCCGGGCACAGUGCCCACCGCCCGCUGCUGGGUGCCCUGAGCCUGCACGCUGGGCACCGGCUGGCACGAGCAGAGCCUCCACACCUCGCUGCCCUCUCUGAAGUGGCAGCACAGAUGUCCACCAUCCAGCUGGAGAAAGAGGAGAAGCAGGCCCAGGCUGUGCUCCCGAGAAAGCUCAGUGUCACUGCUGAGCAGUCACUGCCGGAGCCAAGCCUUCCCCAGCAUGAAGCAGAGGAAGAACUUCCCGAUGGUCUGGAUGAGGGCUGCAGCCAGGAGGAGGAUGAGGACAGUGACUCAGAUGCUUCCUCUCUCACUGGUGCAUCAUCCUGUGGCUCUGCGGCUCUCAUAUCCAGGAACUGUAUCAAGUGCCUGGCCCAGCCCACCGAGGAUCAGGAGAAAGUGCUCAAACCAGCUCUUGUCUACAGUUUAUUCCCUAAUGUGCCUCCAACCAUCUACUUCAGUACGUGGGAUGAGAGAGUGGAAAAGUUGCCUUGGGAGCAGAGGAAGCUGCUGCGGUGGAAGAUGUGCACAGUCACACCAAACAUAGUGAAGCAGACCGUCGGCAGGUCCCACUUCAGAGCCAGCAAAAAAAGCAAUGACUGGCUGGGUUGCUGGGGCCACCACAUGAAAUCUCCUAGCUUCAGAGCCAUCAGGGAGCACCAGAAGCUGAACCACUUUCCUGGUUCGUUUCAAAUCGGGAGGAAGGACCGCCUGUGGCGCAACCUCUUGAAGAUGCAAGCUCGCUGUGGGAAGAAGGAGUUUAACUUCUUUCCUCAGUCCUUCAUCCUGCCCCAGGACAUCAAACUACUCAGGAAAGUGUGGGAGGAAGGGGCCAGCCGCCAGAAAUGGAUUGUAAAGCCGCCAGCGUCAGCAAGAGGCAUUGGCAUUCAGGUUAUCCACAAGUGGAGCCAGCUCCCCAAAAGGAGGCCGCUGCUGGUGCAGAGAUACCUGCACAAACCCUACCUCAUUGGUGGGAAGAAGUUCGACCUGAGGAUCUAUGUUUAUGUCACCUGCUACGACCCCCUUAGGGUCUACCUGUUCAAGGACGGAUUGGUUCGCUUUGCUAGCUGCAAGUACUCCUCCUCGAUGAAGAGCCUCAGCAACAAGUUUGUGCACUUGACCAACUACAGUGUGAACAAGAAGAACACAGAGUACAAGUCCAACUCGGAUGAGACUGCUUGUCAGGGACAUAAAUGGGCACUCAAAGCUCUCUGGAGUUACCUGACCCAGAAGGGAAUUAAUAGUGAGGCCAUCUGGGAGAAGAUUAAGGACAUUGUUAUCAAAACCAUCAUCGCAUCUGAGCCCUACGUGAACAGCCUGGUGAAGAUGUACGUGCGGCGGCCCUAUUGUUGCCAUGAGCUGUUUGGGUUUGAUGUCAUGCUAGAUGAAAACCUCAAGCCCUGGAUCUUAGAGGUCAACAUUUCCCCAAGCCUCCACUCCAACUCCCCAUUGGAUGUGAGCAUCAAGGGCCAGAUGAUCCGAGACCUGCUCAACCUCGCUGGCUUUGUCCUGCCCAGCACAGACAGUGUGACCUCGAGGCCACAAGUCACAAGUGACUCUACCUGCAGUCUGGGUGCUGCUUUGAAAGAGAAGCAGAAGGCAGCAUCUGAGCAUUCAAUAGGAGAGAAGAUGAAGAAGGCCUAUUACUUGAUGCAGAAGAUACCUGACCAGGAUUUCUAUUCUUCUGUCUUGGACACCCUGACUCCAGAUGAUGUUCGCAUCCUGGUGGAGACGGAGGAUGAGUUCUCCCGGCGCGGGCAGUUCGAGCGAGUGUUCCCCACCCACGUCUCCAUGCGCUACCUGCGCUUCUUCGAGCAGCCUCGUUACUUCAACAUCCUGGUCACCCAGUGGGAGCUCAAAUACUACUUGAAUAAACACAAAGGUCUGGAGCUGCUGAAGAACUGGUGUGUCAAAGGGUACCACACUGGAGCAGGGACCCAUCUGGCCCAGACGUGGUCAUUGCCAAAGUCUUUCUUGUUCCAGAAGAGCAACAUUCAAUCAAAUGGCUUCAGCAAACUGGAGAUGGGCAGGCUGGGCACACUCCUUCCUUCAGCUGGUGAGGACCUCACAAGAUGCCUGGAGCCCAGCCCUUCUCAGAGCUUACCUCUCAACAAGUACGCUGGUGGAGACAACCAGAAAUCUGCUGGCUGCCUCUUGGACACCACCCUGGUGAUGUGAACAGUCACUGUCCCUCCCAGGGACACCUCAACCUACCUCAAAGGAAGAGACAGGAGCUGAUUCUGGAGAGCAAGGGCUGUGGGAGCCCCCUGUGCUGCGCACUCACUUGGGCUGUUUGUGCAGAGGGAUGCUUCACUGGGCAGAGGAGAGCUGGGUGACUUCCAUUUCUGAAACACGUGGCAAAGCCUGGGUGAGUGGGGUUUGAAUGGCCUCCACCACCUCCCUGGGCAACCUGUUCCUCUGCUCCACCACCCUCACAGUAAAGAAGUUGUUCCUAACAUCCAA